AUGGUUCCACUCCGGGCUGCCGUCCCCAAGGUGACCAAUGAGGCCAAUGCAGGAGCAGCAGUCUCCGUGACCCUGGAUGUGGAAACGGUGCAUCCGGAGCUCGAGGUGUCUGAGGAUCGGAAGAGGGUGAGAUGGACCCGAGCCCAGAGGGAUCUCCCUGACACUGGGAAGGGGUUUAUCCAGCGUCUUUGUGUUCAGAAGCACCUUGAAACUGAAAGUGUUUUGAAAAAGGAAGUGCUGGAUGUGAUCAUGGCUUCCAGGGAACAGGACUGGGAUUGGAGUGAGGAGACAAUCUGCGCUAUCUGCCUCGACUUCUUCACUGAACCAAUUUCUCUGGAGUGUGGACACAACUUCUGCCUCUCCUGUAUCAGUCAGAGUCAGGAAAGGAAGAUAUAUUCCUGCCCAGAAUGCCGGGCAACUUUUCCAGACAGAAACCUCAAGGUGAAUCGGGCUCUGGCAAAUCUGGCUGAGAAAGCUAGAAGAUUAAGCCUAAAUUCGAAAGAGGAUGAAAGGAAACUUCACUGUGAGGAACAUGAGGAAGAACUGAAGCUGUUUUGUGAAAGUGACAAGAAACUGAUCUGUGUGAUUUGUUCGACUGCGCGGGAACACAGAGAGCACCGCUUCAUGCCGGUUAAAGAAGCUGUUGAAAUUCACAAGGCUCAGGUGAAAAUUUCCCUGGAACUUCUCAUGGAGAAGAAUUCAGUGGUUUCAAAGACUGAGAAGCAACAGAAACAAAAGAUUAAUGAAAUCAGGGAACAGUCACGUCGUCUGCAGAAUCAUGUCACAUCUGAGUUUACUAAAAUGCACCAGUUUCUCACUGAGAAGGAACAACAGUACAUCAAAAAUCUAAGAGAACAAGAGCAGAGAAUUCUGGAAACAAUGGAGAGAAAUCUUCAAGAAAUUCAAGUGAACUUAAGUGCCAUUCGGGAGAAACUCUCAAAGUUAAAGAAACAGAUGGAGCAAAAAAACAGUGUGGUGUUCCUGCAGGAACAAACUUGUCAGAUGAACAGGAUUAGCGAUGAAUAUAAUCUGCUGCAAGUAGCAGAUGGCACCCUGUCGAUUGAAAAAUUCGACAAACCCUUCUUCGUUAUAUGGAGAGAAAUGUUUGAAGCCAUUAACCCAGUCUCCUUGACCCUGGAUGUGGAAACAGCCAACAAACUACUCGAAGUGUCUGAUGACCUGAAGAGUGUGAGGUGGACCAGGAAACAAAAGAGACUCUCUGACACCGGGAAGAGGUUUACAGUCUGGCCCUGUGUGCUGGGAUCAGAGGGAUUCAUGUCGGGGAUACAUUACUGGGAGGUGGAGGUGGCGGGUAAUGGAGGCUGGAGCGUGGGAGUCGCCACAGAGUCUGUGGAGAGGAAGAGGAAGGUUGACCUGACACCAGAGAAUGGAUUCUGGACCAUCCGGAGGGCUGGUGACAGGUUCAAUGCAAACUCCUCCCCUCCAUCCCCACUCCCUGCCAAUUCCAUGCCCAGCAAGGUGGGAGUUUACCUCAGUUACGAGUCCGGGACAGUUUCAUUUUACAACGCAGACACCAAGUCCCAUCUCCACACCUUCUCUGGGAAUGAAUUCAUGGAGAAACUUUAUCCUUUCUUCUGGACUUUGGAUGAAAAGACCGCACUGAGAGUCUGAAAUAAAAGCAGAUGCUCAGGAGGUCGGGCAGCAACUGUGGUGGGAGGGAUCUUAAUUCUGCUGCAGUUCUGCUCAGGGUUUCUGUCCCGGGGUUUGUAUAAGGAGCAAGGGUCAGGGCAUGUCAUAGAAACCCCGUUGAAGAGUUCUCACAUAACCCCCAAAUUCAGCAUUAUUAAACCUCUAGGGCCUGUGAUUAAAACACUAGGAAGGUUGAAACUGAAGUCUCCCAGGUCUCCCUAUCCUUCAUUUACUCCCUGUUGAGGACAGUUGAUCCAUCCAUUUCCCUCCCCUAUACCAUCUACUUUCCUGACUGCACUCGUGAUUCUGCUUUGCUCCAUGAGUGUCCGAGGGGGGUCCUCGAGUUGCUGAUGCCUGUUUUGUCAGGAAGUAAAAAUUGCCCCAGUGUUGAACUUGCCACUGCAGUUCAUUGUAGUGCCACUUUCAGCCAGGAGAUAGUGAUAGAGAGUGGUCCGAAGUCCUGAUGCAAGGUCUCAACCUGAAAUAUCAACUAUUCACAGCCUUCACAGAUGCUGCUUGAUCUCUGAGUUUUUCCAGCAGUUUUGUUUUUGCUGUGUUUCUUUGCUGGCCUUCUGAACUGCUUGCUGCACAUGUACGUCUGCUUUCAGUGACUAGUGCACAAGGACACCCAAGUUUUGUUUCACCUCAACACUUUUGAAUUAAUGCUACUUAAAUAAUACACUACCUUCAUUGUUUUCUACCAAAAAGAAUAACUUCACAUUUAUCUGCAUUAUGCUUUUGUCCACUGAUACAAGCUUUUAAGCCUUCUAUGUCUCUAUGCUUUUGCCCACUCACAUGUGGUGUCUAAUUCAUCUUGAGGUCUCUUUGAAGCCUUUUUAUUGCAAAUCCUACCAAUUUAGUGUCAUUGGCAAACUCUGAAAUAUUUUAGUUCCCUCAGUCAAGUUAUUCAUGUAUUAUAAAUCACUGAGUUCUCGGCCCAGAUCCCUGUAGUACACCGCUGGUUGUUGCCUGAAAAAGACCCAUUUACUCCCACUUUCUAUUUCCUACUUGUUAAUGAAUUUCAAUCCAUUGACCCAACACCAUGAGCUUUAGUUGUGCACACUAACCUUUGAUGAAAAUCCAAAUCCUGGUUCCAUCUACCUUAAGGUUACUUAUCCACUCUACCAGAUAUAUCCUCAAGAAACUCCUUUUGAAAAAUUCUCGUUGACUUUGCCCAAUUUCUGAUCUUGAUUAGUUAGGGAAGUGGGCCGAGGAGUGGCAAGUGGAUUUCAAUGCAGCUAAGUGUGAGGUGAUGCAUUUUGGAAAGUCAAACCGCGCAGGACUUAUACUAUGAAUGGUAGGGCACUAGGGAGUGUAAUGGAACAGAGGGACCUAGCAGUACAAGUGCUGCUAGGUCCCUCUGUUGUUGAAAGCAGUGUCACAGGUAAACAAGGUGGUGAAAAAGGCAUUUAGUAUGCUGGCCUUCAUUAGUCAGGGCACUGAGUACAGGAGUUGGAACAUUAUAUUGCAGGUGGUGAGGCCGCACUUGUGAGUACUGUGCACAGUUUUGGUCACCCUAUUAUAGAAAGGAACUGGUCAAACAGGAACAAAUGCAGAAAAGAUUUAUAAGGAUGUUGGCAGGACUAGAGCACCUGAGUUACAGGGAGAGGUUGGCCAGGCUAGGUCUUUAUUCCUUGGAAUGAGGGAGAAUGAGGGGUGACAUCAUAGCAGUGUUUAAAAUUAUGAGAGGCAUAGAUAGGGUGGAUAGUAACAGUCUUUUCCCCAGGGUAGGGGAGUCCAAAACCAGGGGGCAUUGGCUUAGGGUGAGAGGGGAAAGAUUUAAAAGGGACCUGAGGGGCAACUUUUUCAUGCAGAGAGACAGUAAAUGGAACGAGCUGCCAGAGGAAGUUGUUAAAACAGGUACAAUAGUAUAAUUUAAGAAGCAUUUGGAUAAGUACAUGGAGGGUCGGGGCUUAGAGGGAUAUGGGCAAAAUGCAGGAAAUUGGGACUAGAUGGGCAGGCACCAAGGUUGGUGUGGACUGGUUGGCCAAUGUAUUGCUCUAUGACUUGAUAAUUCCAUUGAUUUUUUUUAAUGUCCUCUUGUCUUAUCCUUUAUAGACUCCAGCAUUUUCCCCACCACUGGUAUUAGCUGGAUCCACCUACUUCCUCUUUCCCUCCUUUUUUUAAAAUAGAUAUUUAAAAUACAUUUGCGACCCUUCAAUGUACAGGAGCAAUUCCAAGAAAACAGUUCUGAUCUUAUUGAAUGGGAGAGCAGUCUUGAGGGAUCAAAUGGCUGGGUCCUGCUCUGAUUCCUUGUCUUUAUAUUAUUGAAUUGCACAUGACUAACAAAUUCAAUUUCACUUUUGUGUUGCUUAUUAUUUGCUUCAACUCCCACAGAAUCUUUCCAGCAAUUCCAUUUACGAUUAUAGUGUGUAUAUGAGUCUACCAGCAAAAUGUUAAAUACAUUGUGUUGCAUAAAAGCUCUAUCAAUGUAUCGCAUAGAUUGCAUAUCCUAUCAGAUUUAUGUAGACCAUAAAAAUACUGUCAAUAUUUUAUUAUCCUGUAUAUGCCUUAAUCUACUGUCAAUCAUAGGCUCCAAAUUAUUGUAUUAUGUAAAUUGCUAAAAGUGAUAUAAAUAUAAUACUAAGUGUUUUAUUUCUGUGGGAUAAAAUGUUGCCACUCCCCCAGCAAGAAUUCUGAACUGCUGCAGAGGGGGCCUAAAUGUAAACUGUGCAGAUAUUGGUGAGUGUACCUCCCUGGAGCCAGGGUGGGGAUUUCUUGCAGUCAUGGGUAAUAUACAAGAUAAUACAGAAGAAAAUUCUUCGUUUUGCUAUGUCUGG